CAGAUGGAACACCGAGAAGAGACUGGCGUUCUGUUCGGGAGCAGCAUGUAGACCCUCGCAUCGCCUGCAGUUCCGUGCAUUAACCAUUUGUUUUUGAAAGAGGAAAAGCACAUAGAUUGUAUUAUAUAUACAUAGAUAUUCCAAAUGAUAUAUACCUAUAUGUAUAUCUAUGUUUGUUUGUGUAUGUAUAUAAAUAUAUAAAUAGGGACCUUUUUGUUUUUUUUUUCUUUAAAGACACAACUGUCAUUUUUUUUAGAUAUAUUUUUAUUGGACACAAAAUUUAAUUCGUGUGUCAGUCUAAACAACGUCUUCAACAAAUCAUGGCCUGGGUUGAGGAGAGCUGCAGAGAUUCCAGGUGUGCUAACCCCUGACCUUUGACCCCAGCACUGACCCUUACCCCCAACAAACUGAAGACUGGCAUUCAAGGUCACCCCUGGACUAGAACAACACUCCCCAUGGAUUGGGACCGAUCUAGCAACAGCCAGGAACACAACAGAACCCUUCUUAUCAAGACAGUACACGACAGCAUCACUUACUACUAGAGCUGAGACACGACAGCAUCACUCACUGCUAGAGCUGAGACACAGCAUCACUCACUGCUAGAGCUGAGACACACAGCAUCACUUACUACUAGAGCUGAGACACACAGCAUCACUCACUGCUAGAGCUGAGACACAGCAUCACUCACUGCUAGAGCUGAGACACACAGCAUCACUUACUACUAGAGCUGAGACACGACAGCAUCACUCACUACUAGAGCUGAGACACAGCAUCACUCACUACUAGAGCUGAGACACACAGCAUCACUCACUGCUAGAGCUGAGACACAGCAUCACUCACUGCUAGAGCUGAGACACACAGCAUCACUUACUACUAGAGCUGAGACACGACAGCAUCACUCACUACUAGAGCUGAGACACAGCAUCACUCACUACUAGAGCUGAGACACAGCAUCACUCACUGCUAGAGCUGAGACACACAGCAUCACUCACUGCUAGAGCUGAGACACAGCAUCACUCACUGCUAGAGCUGAGACACAAAGCAUCACUCACUACUAGAGCUGAGACACACAGCAUCACUCACUGCUAGAGCUGAGACACACAGCAUCACUCACUACUAGAGCUGAGACACACAGCAUCACUCACUGCUAGAGCUGAGACACAGCAUCACUUACUACUAGAGCUGAGACACACAGCAUCACUCACUGCUAGAGCUGAGACACACAGCAUCACUCACUGCUAGAGCUGAGACACGACAGCAUCACUCACUGCUAGAGCUGAGACACAGUAUCACUCACUGCUAGAGCUGAGACACACAGCCGUCUACCUGGGAGGGGAGAAACACAGGGAGAGAAAGGGAACGGAAUUUCAAUAAAAGGAAGAAAUUGAAAAAAGUAAGAAAUUACAGACAAACUAGUAAUAAUAAUAAUAAUAAUAAUAAUAAUAAUAAUAAUAAUAAUAAUAAUAAUAAUAAUAAUAAUAGAAAGAAAAUCUGGAAUAAAGCACAAAGUUAUUUCAUAUAUUGAAUUAUUACAAAACGCACAAACUCCCAAAACUCCCAAACUACUACAAAGGAAACGUCAAGAAGCACUUGAUUGGAGCCGUGGUUCACAGCUGCUCUGCAGGAAGGAUGGGUGAUUUAGCGAACAGCGCGGUGGGGUUCUACCCGAAAGCGCAGCGGGGGGGCGGAGAGGCCGAGGCUAGUCAUGCCGGGGGUUUCGGGUGCAGUCUGGAGGAGCUGCGGGAGCUCAUGGAGCUGCGGGGGCCGGAGGCACUGCAGAAAGUGGAGGAGAGCUACGGGGACGUGUACGAACUCUGCCGUCGACUCAACAGCUCGCCCACGGACGGUCUCUCUGAUAACCCCUCAGAUCUUGAGAAGAGAAGGCAGGUGUUUGGUCAGAACUUCAUCCCUCCCAAGAAAGCAAAGAGUUUCCUGGCCCUGGUGUGGGAGGCCCUGCAGGAUGUGACCUUGAUCAUCCUGGAGAUCGCAGCCAUCAUCUCCCUGGGACUGUCCUUCUACCAGCCCCCAGGGGGGGAGACUGAGGUCUGUGGGGAUGUCUCUGGAGGUGCAGAGGAUGAGGGUGAGGCGGAGGCAGGGUGGAUCGAGGGGGCAGCGAUCCUGCUCUCUGUGGUCUGUGUGGUUCUGGUCACAGCGUUCAACGACUGGAGCAAAGAGAAGCAGUUUCGGGGGCUGCAGAGCCGCAUCGAGCUGGAGCAGAAAUUCACCGUCAUCAGAAACGCAAACCUUAUCCAAAUCCACGUCGCUGAGAUUGUAGUGGGAGACAUCGCACAAGUCAAAUACGGUGACCUGCUCCCUGCGGAUGGGGUUGUGAUCCAGAGCAACGACCUGAAGAUUGACGAGAGCUCCCUGACCGGAGAGUCCGACCACGUGAGGAAAUCUGUGGAGAAAGAUCCCAUGCUGCUGUCUGGGACCCACGUGAUGGAGGGUUCUGGGAGGAUGGUAGUCACAGCUGUGGGAGUGAACUCUCAGAGUGGGAUCAUCUUCACCUUACUGGGAGCGGGGGAAGGAGAGGAGGAGGAGGAGGAGAAAAAGGAGAAGAAAGGAAAGCCACAGGAUGGAGUGAUGGAAAACAAUCUCAACAAAGCUAAGAAGCAAGACGGUGCAGUCGCUAUGGAGAUGCAGCCCCUGAAGAGUGCGGAGGGAGGGGAGGUGGAGGAGAAAGAGAAGAAGAAGAGCAACGUGAACAAGAAAGAGAAAUCCGUCCUACAGGGCAAACUCACCAAGCUGGCAGUGCAGAUCGGAAAAGCAGGUCUGGUCAUGUCUGCGAUCACAGUGAUAAUCCUGGUGCUGUACUUUGUGAUUGAGACCUUCGUGAUUGAGGGCAGGGUGUGGUUGACGGAGUGCACCCCGGUUUAUGUCCAGUACUUUGUCAAGUUCUUCAUUAUCGGGGUGACUGUGCUGGUCGUGGCCGUGCCUGAGGGGCUUCCCCUGGCUGUCACCAUCUCGCUGGCAUACUCCGUCAAGAAAAUGAUGAAGGACAACAACCUGGUGCGUCACCUGGAUGCGUGUGAGACGAUGGGCAAUGCCACGGCAAUCUGCUCUGACAAGACGGGCACACUGACCACUAACCGCAUGACCGUAGUGCAGUCCCACGUGGGCGAGGUCACUUACCGGGAGGUACCGGGCCCCGGGGUGCUGAGCCCUGCAAUACUGGACGUGCUUGUCAGCGCCAUCGCCGUCAACAGCGCCUACACCACCAAGAUACUGCCCCCAGACCAGGAGGGGGGUCUCCCGAAGCAGGUGGGCAAUAAGACGGAGUGCGCUCUGCUGGGCUUCGUGCAGGACCUGCACAGAGACUACCAGGCUGUGAGGGUUCAGAUCCCUGAGGAGAAGCUCUACAAGGUCUACACCUUCAACUCUGUGCGCAAGAGCAUGAGCACCGUGGUGUGCCUACCCGAGGGGGGGUUCAGGCUGUACAGCAAGGGGGCCUCUGAGAUCAUCCUGAAGAAGUGCUCCAGUAUCCUCACUGCCUCCGGGGAGCCCCGUUUAUUCCGCCCUCGCGAUCGUGACGAGAUGGUGAAGAAGGUGAUCGAGCCGAUGGCGUGUGAGGGUCUGCGUACGAUCUGCAUCGCUUACCGAGACUUCACGGGAACACCGGAGCCAGACUGGGACAGCGAGAGCGACAUCGUGGGAGAGCUGACCUGCAUCUGUGUGGUGGGGAUAGAGGACCCUGUGAGGCCAGAGGUCCCGGAAGCGAUCAGGAAGUGCCAGCGCGCGGGGAUCACAGUGAGGAUGGUGACCGGAGACAACAUCAACACAGCGAGGGCCAUCGCAGCAAAGUGUGGAAUCAUACAGGCAGGGGAGGAGUUCCUGUGUAUCGAUGGCAAGGAGUUCAACAGGAGAAUCAGGAACGAGAAGGGAGAGAUCGAACAGGAGCGCAUUGAUAAGAUUUGGCCAAAGCUGCGAGUUUUGGCACGCUCCUCACCCACUGACAAACACACCCUGGUGAAAGGUAUCAUUGACAGUACCGUGCUGGAGCAGCGGCAGGUUGUCGCGGUAACGGGAGAUGGCACCAAUGACGGGCCGGCUCUGAAGAAGGCUGACGUGGGCUUUGCCAUGGGUAUCGCUGGCACAGACGUGGCGAAGGAGGCCUCUGACAUCAUCCUGACGGAUGAUAACUUCAGCAGCAUCGUGAAGGCGGUGAUGUGGGGCCGCAACGUCUACGACAGCAUCUCCAAGUUCCUGCAGUUCCAGCUCACCGUCAACGUGGUGGCUGUCAUCGUGGCUUUCACUGGGGCCUGCAUCACACAGGACUCCCCCCUAAAGGCAGUGCAGAUGCUCUGGGUGAAUCUUAUCAUGGACACGUUCGCCUCCCUCGCUCUCGCCACCGAGCCCCCCACCGAGUCCCUGCUGCUGCGCAGACCGUACGGGAGGAACAAGCCGCUCAUCUCCAGGACCAUGAUGAAGAACAUACUGGGGCAUGCCGUCUACCAGCUCACCAUCAUCUUCACACUGCUGUUUGUGGGUGAGCUGUUCUUCGAUAUCGACAGCGGUCGGAACGCCCCCCUGCACUCCCCCCCCUCUGAGCACUACACCAUCAUCUUCAACACCUUCGUACUGAUGCAGCUCUUCAACGAGAUCAACGCGCGCAAGAUCCAUGGCGAGAGGAACGUCUUCGACUCCAUCUUCAGGAACCCCAUCUUCUGCAGCAUCGUGCUGGGCACCUUCGUGAUGCAGAUCGUGAUCGUGCAGUGGGGGGGGAAGCCCUUCAGCUGUGCACCCCUCAAUGUGGAGCAGUGGCUCUGGUGCCUGUUUGUGGGAGUCGGGGAGCUGCUGUGGGGGCAGCUCAUCUCCUCCAUCCCCACCAGUCACCUGAAGUGCUUGAAGGAGGCGGGGCACGGGCCAGGCCAGGACGAGAUCAGCGACGACGAGCUGGCCGACGACGAGGAUGAGAUCGACCAUGCGGAGAGGGAGCUGAGGAGAGGACAGAUCCUGUGGUUCAGAGGAAUGAACCGCAUCCAGACACAGAUGGAGGUAGUGAGUACGUUCAAGCGGAGCGGUUCUUUCCAGGGUGCUGUGAGGCGCCGCUCCUCAGUCCUCAGUCAGCUCCAUGAAAUCCGGGUGGUGAGAGCGUUCCGUAGCUCCGCGUACGAGGUCGAGAAGAAGCCAGACCCACGGAACUCCAUCCACAACUUCAUGUCGCACCCCCAGGAGUUCCUUCUGAACGAUUUCAUCCACAACAUCCCCCUGAUUGACGACACGGACCUGGAGGAAGAGUCGGAGCUGUCAGUCAAGCACAACCAGCACCGGCCCCCCCUGCCACCCCUCACCCCCUCCUCACCCAACAAGAACAACAACGCCAUCGACAGCGGCAUCUAUCUCACGCCUUCUACACACACUGGGGCCUCCAGCCCCGCCAGCCCCCUUCAUAGUGUGGAGACUUCACUAUAACAGCCAGAACAAAACAUACUGGCUCCCUCUAGCACUCUCCCCGUGUCUCUGCAUCCCCCAGACACUCUUAUGCUCCCUGUCUGUGCAUCACCCGGGCAGUCUCUCACUCUCCUGUGUCUCUGCAUCACCCAGCAAACAGACAAUGCCUCUAUAUCAAGCAAAGGGAAAGAUUGACAACAUCCACCAAAGAAUGAGACACAAAACUAUAACAGAGACUCACCAAACAGAGACUUAUAGGUUCUAAUGGACUAAUAGGGAGGAGCUGGACAUGAUCGAGCCAGGGCAUCGAUGAGGGUGGUAUACUUGAUGCUUAAUGUGUCUCAUGUAAUCGGUCAUUGGUCAUCUAACUCUCCCUUCUCCCCUCUCUUUCUCUGGCUAUCAAAUUCAGGCCUUUUUAUUGGUUUCACCAGUCAUAUAAGGACUGACAAAGUUAAUUGUGCUGAAAUAUAUAUGUCAUAAAGAUUUUUUUUUAAAUGGCAAGAAAUUCCUAAUGGCAGUCAAGUGGAAGCACUAGCAGGACUGCACGGUAGAGCUGGGUCUGAGGAGAUCAUUUUAUGUUCCCGAAUGCCUCUAUCGGGCUCCCGCUCAUGUUUCACAAGAGUAGCCGAGCUUUGCCAAAGUAAUUCCAGUCCACGGAAACAUGUUGAAAACCUUAAGAUGUUUGACAGGAGAGUGUGAUAUUUGAACAGGAUGAUGGGGGCAUUUUCUUGUUAAUGUUUAUGUAGUAUUACGGUAUUAUUAUUUCUAUUAUGACUCUUAAUGCGAUUUUAUUUAUUUAUUUAUUUAUUUUGGUGCGUCUCUGUGUGUUUGUCACGAAAAACAAUUCUCAUUUUGAUUGGAUCUGUUUUAAAUUGUCUAACGUUGCUUUUUUUAUGUAUUAAUUAAUAACCGAGCCACAAACCUGUGGGAUAUUUCAUGUGGCAGAUUUAGAAACAGCUAUAAAAACAAUCACAGAGCGGACUGUGAGCAAUACCUCUCGCAUAUCAAUCUGCCUAUUCGUAUUGCCAAGCCAGGGCUCUCUGCUUGUGUUCCAGGGCUGUUAGAUUCAGUUUUUUAACAUUUAAAAACUAGCAUUGAAACACAACUUAGAUCUUGUGGACGAGCACGUUUGGAAAAAGCAAUCAAUCCAAUGAGAAGGAAAUCUAUCGGCUGUUUCAUGUCAGCCCAGCCGCUGUGUUCCCUGUUGUCCUCGUGUGUCUGUAUAGUAAUAGAAGCGUGUAAAUAACUCUCUGCGUCGUUUCACCCGUAGAAGAAUAUUUCCAGUAUAAAAACAUACUAAGAAGAGUACGGCAAAAGGCCUCCUUGUUUGUUAGCUUUUCAAAAAGGUUUCAUGUGUUUUUCUGUCUGAAAAAAAUAUUUUAAAAAAUAAAGAUCCCCCACAAACAUAUUUUAAAUAAGACAAAAAAUAUGUAUUUAGUACUACACUUGUGUAAUACUCCAUUUCAAGCUUCUUAUCAUCCAGUAAUGUAGAUAACGUCACCAAAGGGGAUGAACGAUAAACACAAUGUGAAAAUAUAUCAUGUAUUUAGAGAAUCUCAGUAUAAAGAAUGGCCUUGGCAUUGCACAUACGCCAUGGGCAUUGUUUUCAUGUAUUUUAUAAAAAGUAGAAUAUAUUCCUUUUCAAUGUCGCAUCCUCUGUUUUCUUUUUGUAAGAAUCUUUAAGGCUUGUACAUUUUCUUUUUUCUGAGAGGUGCGUGGCGAUUGAAAAACGCACCACUGAUAUUUCACUGUAUUAAACGCUAUAAAGAAUAAAAACAAUAAAGUAUUAGAAAUGUAUAAAAAUGUUCAAAUUAUUAAAUAUUAAAUUUACUUGCCUGUUGACUAAGAAUAACUGUAUCUAUAUAUAUGAACGAUGUAACUCUUACCCAUAGAUCUAGAGGGGAAUUCUCAAACUUACUAUAUGCUUUUUGUCUGUAUAAAAAAAAAAAAUCAAAGUAUGCUACAAUAACAACUUUGAAAAGGUA